CACUGAUGAACUCUUCCUUCUCCACUUUUUUCUGACUUGAGAAAUUUUCAGUCUACAUUUACUUAAAGGUCCUCCUUAGACUACAGAAGAGCGGACAAGCUCCUGCUUCAGAGGGUGGCCAAGUGGUAACUUAUUUUAUCCACUCAAAAGGAUGGCCAACGCAGGCUUGCAACUUUUAGGAUUCGCCUUAGCUUGUCUGGGCUGGAUUGGGUUUAUAGUAUGUAUUGCAAUCCCUCAAUGGAAAAUGUCAUCGUUUGCUGGGGAUGCCAUUAUCACAGCACAGAUCACCUAUGAAGGACUCUGGAUGUCUUGUGUAAUGCAGAGCACAGGGCAGAUGCAGUGCAAAACCUAUGACUCGCUGCUGAAGCUGGACAGCACUAUGCAGGCUACCCGAGCACUGAUGAUCUGCGGGAUUCUUGUUGGUUUCUUUGCCAUGUGUAUUGCAGCAGUAGGGAUGAAAUGCUUGACAUGUCUUCAGGAUGAUGAAGUGAAGAAGGCAAAGGUUGGAGUAGUGGGAGGAGCACUCUUCAUUGUUGCAGGUCUCUGUGUUUUAAUAGCCACAGCCUGGUAUGGAAAUAAAAUUGCAAAGGAUUUUUACAACGUGUUCACACCAACCAAUUCUAAAUAUGAGUUUGGCCCUGCCUUGUUUAUUGGAUGGGCCGGUGCUGCACUGGCAAUCCUUGGAGGUGCCUUGCUCUGCUGCUCUUGUCCCAGAAGAGAGACUUCCUACCCACCACCAAGAGGCUACAACAAAAGUGCACCACCUGCUGGAAAAGAUUAUGUGUAACAGAGGAACGGAAAUACUGAAUAGAAUUACUGCCAUGGAGACAUUAGAACAUUAUUCUCCACAUUCUCAUUAUUCUUAAAGGCAUUGCAUUGCCUUCAGUUUCAGCAACAAAAUACACUUGCAUCCUUCUUUUCAGUAACAGAACAAGGCUGUCUUGUCAUUUAGCAACCCAGUACACCAGUGACAGUGAUAAGUUAAUGCAGGAAGAUAUUAAAAUCUUGAAAGUCAACAAUAUGAAUGAAAAAACAGAAGGUUAUACAGAUGUCAGCAUUAAUCUAAGUCAUAUUUUUGUCUGUGCAAAACCUGCACCCUAAUCCAAUACAGCAUGUCUAAUUAUAAUUAAAUAGACUAAAAUCAAAUAGCAUGCAAAACAGCAGCCCAGGCCUCUGAAUAGAGGGCCCCACAAUAAAUACAAAUUAGAAUUGAGCAACAGAUCUACAGUAAUGGUAGCAGCCUGUGCAGUUCAGCACAAGCCAUUAAAGAGAACAAUCCAUACGGGUUGUAAAAUCCAAUACCAACAAAGCACCCUAUAAAGCUUUUUAUUGUGUUUAAUAAAAUGUUAGUCAAUCUGGCACUUAUAAGGUUUGCCCGCACUAAGCACAACAACAACAGUUAUAUAUCUCCUAUUCUACCCGUAAUGCUUCAUAUAAGGAGAAAUUCCUUAUCUCUAGUACUUUGGUGACAUGACAAAAUAUCUUCCAUGAGCUAAAUGUAUAAAUGUGCUAAAGUUGUAUUACCUGAUCUACUAUCACUGUCAUGCACAACUCUGUGUUCCAAGUUUUAUCCCAACAAAAAUGUAGAUGUCAGCAUUCACACUUGUCAAAAAUCUAAGGCAUCCCCAUACUUUCUAUGAUAAAAAUUGACUGUUUAAGAAGGCAAACUGUUAUAUUGAUGUGUUUCAGAAAGAAAAUUUGUAAUCAUGUGCCAAUAAAUACAAUUGCAGAACUCAUAGUUUACUAUUUACAGUACAGGCACUAUUCUGUGCAUCUAUUAGAGGAAAACAUUUUUUGUGGCUUUUUUAUAAAAUAUCAAAAUGUAAGCUGUAGAUGAAAAUAUAAGAUAUGUCCCUACAGAAUCAAUAAUAUGUCAAUUUAAUAGUAGGGAUUUUUACUAGCAACUGUUACUAGCCUGUUACCUGUUACUAGCACCUGGUGAGGGCCUCUUCUGGGACCAAAUAUUUGGCCAGAGCUCACAGAAAAUUUAUAAACAUAUGUAAACAUAUCAGUCAUUAAGCCAUAGCUCCAAGAAUAUAUAGGACUGCAGUGUUCAGCACCUGAUCUUACUGUAACUGGCCUUCAAGGUGGGCUUCCAAAAGUAUCUAAUGGAGAAAAGAGACAAUCUUCCCAGCUUCUAGACUCUCUCUGGGCUCCCCUCAAAAACAUUUUUGGUAAACAUUCCCCAUUCAGUUGUGUUAAGUCAUGCCAAAACCACUUCUCCUAUUGUGCUGAAACCCUGCAUCCAGCACUGUGGGCUAACUUUAUUUCAGUGAGUAAAAUAUUUAGGCCAGCCCAUGGCCAACUGAAUCCUGUACAAUAAUUUUGUCAAUAUUAUCCAGAUAUAAAAAAGAUAGCACCUAUCUCUCUCUUUGUUACACUAUGGAAUUCUAUAGCCCAUUCAUGUCCCUUUAAAGAUUUACAUGAUUGAAGUCAUUAUUUCAUCCUUACUGUAUAUUAUAUCUUCAUUUAUAACUAGCAGCAACAAUCAUAGUUCUUUAGCCCUUUCUUUUGGUACAAUAUAAAUUGUUAGAAUUUGUUAUAUUUUGUGUUAUUUCUGUAUUCUAAUUUUUUUUUUGUAUGUGACUGUUAUUUUCAAUACGCAAUAGUAAUGAAUUCUGUUUCAAGGCAGAACUGAAUCCAAGCAUGGGGUACAAUGUACAGACAUGGUUUCAGGCCAUUUUUAGUCAGUUUUAAUGGAUUACUUUCCUUAUGUGAUUUUUUUUAAUAAAUAAGACUUUUACAA